GUCGGCUGGCGCUCGUCUUGAUAAGAGCACUCUGCGAAGUGCGCAUGCGCCACUAAGUGUUAAAAGCAGAGUGCCCCUUGCUAGCGGCCUUCUCUUUCUUGCCGAGCCUCAACCCACAAGCAUGGGUUAAUAAACGUCGUUCACCCGGAACUUGUCUGAUCCUUUUCGACACGCCUGGCGCAAAACGUAACACGUGGCGAUGAGGAUGGGAUUUUGAAGAGCUGCGCAGCGUCAAGGAAGGCAAGUGUUCUCGGCAUUCAGCCUCUGUUCAGUAUCGACGAUUGAAGAGUACUGCUUUUUCUUUUCUUCGCUGACUGAUACCAUGAACGAAGAAGCCAGUGCAGGUUCGACGCAGUUUGCUGCUCAACUGGGCCACAUGGAACCAUUCGACGUUUCCUCGAAUGACUGGGCGUCGUACGAAGAACGGCUGACGUCGUUUCUUAUCGUCAACCGCAUUCCCGAAGGUGACGGAGUACAUGCAUUCCUGAGCAUCAUAGGCCCCAGUACCUACAGUCUUCUGAAAUCGCUGGUUGCCCCGGAGCUGCCUUCAGCCAAGAGCUUCGAGGUACUAAAGAAGACGCUGGGGGAUCAUCUGUCGCCGAAACCGUCGGUCAUUGGCGAGCGAGCAAAGUUCCACAGGAGGCAGCAAGUCGAAGGCGAGUCCAUUUCUGAUUACAUUGCCGAGCUACGGAAGCUAGCACGCACCUGUGAUUUUGGAAGCACGUUAGAUGAAUCCCUCCGGGAUCGCUUCGUCUGCGGCUUGUUAAGAGAGGAUAUACAGCGAGUGCUGUUCACGGAGGAUAGCAAGCUUACGUUUCAGAGAGCGGUAGAGCGCGCUGUGGCUAUGGAGGUGGCAACGAAAAGCACUGCGGAAGCCCGUGCAGGGGUGUCUACAGCCAACCUCAUGCAUAAGGUACAGGCGACUUCGAGUGUCCAGUCGCAGGCAUGUUUUCGCUGCGGGUCGCCGAAACAUUCCUGCAAAGCGUGUCCCCACGUAAAUGACAAAUGCUAUAAGUGCAACAAAAGGGGACACCUACAACGAGUUUGCCGUAGCACCUCCAGCACGUCGCGAGGGAAACGUCCCUUCAAAGACACUGUAAAAACGUUAUCGGUAGUAUCCCGCUCGGAAGUGGUAUCCGUAAAGGGCGUAUCUGCUCCCAGUAUUGAGCCCAUCAUGGUACCGAUGAAAGUAAAUGAUGUGACAGUCCAUAUGGAGCUAGAUACAGGUGCCGCCGUCACAGUCAUGCCUUUCAAACAAUACCGCCAAUUUCUUUCAUCAGCCAGGCUCAACCCGACAGAAGUGAAGCUCCGCACCUAUACAGGAGCCCUGGUGAUCCCAAAAGGCGUCCUGCAAGUCAAGGUGCAGCACGGUGGCAACACGGCGAGCCUUCCUUUAUACGUCGUCGACCAGGAGGGGCCGCCGUUGCUGGGUCGGGAAUGGCUUCAGGCAAUUAGGCUGGAGUGGAGCAAAAUCUGGAACGUCCACCAGCUGCCAAGAUGCAACGAACUGACGGUGCAUCAGGGAUGCGUCAUGCUGGGCGCAAGAGUAGUCGUGCCUGCAAAGCUACAAGGGUUCGUUCUGGACGAACUCCAUGACGGCCAUCCCGGCAUCGUACGCAGCAAAGAACUAGCACGCAGCUACGUGUGGUGGCCAACUCUUGAGGCGGACCUGGAACUUCGCAUCAGAAGCUGCGCUAGUUGUCAAGAGCAACGUAACGCUCCAAUCAACGCACCUCUUCACCCGUGGUCAUGGCCGACUUCACCGUGGCAGCGUGUUCACGUAGACUUUGCGGGACCUUUUCAGAAUACCAUGCUUUUAGUGGUGGUCGACGCACAUUCUAAAUGGCCAGAGGUUUUCGAAAUGAGAUCGACAACUACAGAAAGCACGAUUCGUUGUUUGACUGAGCUCUUCGCACGUUUUGGUUACCCUGAAACAAUUGUUUCCGAUAAUGGACCUCAGUUUGCUUCGCAGGAGUUCAAGCACUUCGUGCAGGCAAUGGGAGCGCGCCACGUCCUCACGGCUCCCUACCACCCCAGCUCCAAUGGGUUGGCAGAGCGUUUCAUCCAGACCUUAAAGAAUGCGCUGCGCAAAGACGGCACCGGAGGAACAUUGCAGGUAAAGCUGCAUAAAUUUUUGCUGUCGUAUCGCAACACGCCACAUGCGACGACUCGUGAAUCACCGGCGGCAUUGCUCCUAGGACGACGCUUACGCAGUCGGCUAGAUGCCGUAAAGCCUUCCGUGGGGGAAAGAGUAGCACACAGACAGUGCACUCAGGCAUUAAGUCGUCCGUGUCGCGAACGUCACUUCUUGGUAGGCGACAGCGUGUUAGCACGUAAUUAUUCGGGAAAACCAAAGUGGACUCCCGCUGUGAUUGUUGCUCAAACAGGACCUGUCUCUUUCCAAGUACGUGCAACCACCCCAAGGGGCACAUUCACCUGGCGUCGGCACCAGGAUCAGCUGUUACAGAGGCCUGCAGAGGACGUUACCCCUAGGCAUGGAACAGCUGGCGAAGUUACGACCAGCGAGUUCCUGUUUUAUCCUGAGACUGCAGGCGCACCAGUUCCUUCCAGUCCUCAACCGCCCAUGGUAACUCCGGUUGCGCAACAGGCAACACCAGCACCCGCCGAGGCAAGACACUACCCCAUGCGAGUUCGUCGCCCACCGGAUAGAUUCCAAGCUGGACUCUGA